AUGUCGCAAAAUAAUGAGCAUGUCUCUCAUUCGGCAGUGACUGCUGCAAUUCAGCGCGCCGAGUCACCCUGCGAUUUUCCCGAUCCCGAGGGAAAGCUGGUUAAGACUUUCGACAAGAGUGUUGGGAUUGCCGAGAAAGAUGCAUCCGGAAAUCGUGAUACCUCGAUCGAUGGCGGCUUUAUGAAACCGACCUAUGACCACACACGCCGAAAGCUGAAACCUCGCCAUCUGCAAUUGAUUGGCAUCGGAGGAACUAUAGGCACAGCUUUGUAUGUGCAGAUUGGUAACAACCUUCGCACUAGCGGCCCUGGCAGUUUGUUUCUUGGGUUUAGUCUUUGGAGUUGCAUCAUCUUGAUCAUAACCGUUUGUCUGGCAGAGAUGGUCACCUACCUCCCCAUCUCCUCACCAUUCAUCCGAUUUGCCGGCCGAUACGUCGACGAAGCCCUAGGCGUCGCAGCAGGUUACAACUUCUUCAUCUUCGAAGCUGCUCUCGUCCCCUUUGAAAUUGUGGCUAUCAGUUUGAUCAUCAAUUACUGGACCAGCGUGAUCCCCGUUGCGGCGAUGAACGUUAUCGUUCUCAUACUUUACACAGUAUUAAACGUUUUUGCUGUCAAGUGGUAUGGCGAAGCAGAAUUCUGGCUAUCACUUGGAAAAGUACUACUCAGCAUUGGUCUCAUCUUUUACACUUUCAUCGUCAUGCUUGGAGGUAAUCCGCUCGGUGACCGGUUUGGAUUCAGAUACUGGAAUGAACCUGGUGCUUUUAACGAGUACUACAAAACAGGGGAUACUGGCAGAUUCCUCGGUUUCCUGUCAGCGCUCAUCGCGGCUAGUUUUACGAUUGCUGGUCCGGACUACGUUUCUAUGGCUGCGGGCGAGACAAUCAACCCGCGCGUCGUUCUACCCAAGGCAUAUAACGGCGUCUUCUACCGUCUAACAGCGUUCUUCGUGCUCGGUGUUCUAUGUGUGGGAAUCUUGGUCCCGUAUAACGACGAGACGAUGGCCGAUGCAUUUGACAACGACAAGCCUGGUGCGGCGGCCUCGCCGUAUGUGAUCUCUAUGGAUAGAUUGCACAUCCCGGUCUUGCCGCAUAUUGUCAAUGCGGUUGUUCUUACAGCUUGUUUUAGUGCGGGCAAUAGUUAUGUGUACUGUGCCAGUCGCAGUCUCUAUGGUCUCGCACUAGAGGGAAAGGCACCGCUGUUUUUGACGAAAUGCACGAAGAAGGGUGUGCCUGUUUACUGUGUUGUUGUGGUCUUGUUGAUCGCUCUGCUGAGCUUCCUUCAAGUAUCGAAUGGUGCAUCUGUGGUUUUGAACUGGUUUGUCAAUCUGGUUACGGCUUCGCAGCUCAUCAACUUCUCCGUCGUGACCUUCACUUAUAUCCGGUUUAAGAAGGCCCUCGACGCACAAGGUAUUUCGCGCAGCACUUUGCCCUACCGCAGCUGGUUCCAGCCAUAUAUCGCAUAUAUCGCCUGCACUGCUACUACGAUCAUGGCCUUUGUUGGUGGUUAUACCGUUUUUUUGCCGGGCAAAUGGUCGAUCCCCACAUUCCUCUUCUCAUACACGAUGAUCGGCCUGUUCCCUGUUCUAUAUUUUGGAUGGAAGAUCUUCCAUAGAACCAAGUUUCUUAAGCCCGAAGAGGUAGAUUUGGUGUCUGGGCUGGCAGAGAUUGAGGAGUAUACGAGGGAUUUCGUCCAAGUCCCACCUAAGAAUUUUGUUCACAAAUAUGUGGGCAUGCUGUUCGAGUAA